AAAUAACACGCGCAGUUCAAAUUGUUUACAAUAUUUUCUAGAUUAUAAUUGAAUCAUAUUAAAAUGCCACCUCCAUUAAGUCGUAGAUUUAUGUAUCCCAGUAGUUCUACACCAUGUGAAAAUUUUAUUAAACGAAAAGAACCCGAGGAAAUUUUUACUGAAUUGCACAGGGAUAAAUUUGAACUUAAACCUAGGACUUCAUACUUAAAACCGAACGCUAUAGGAACCGCGAAAGGUUCUGCUUAUAUGGAAUAUGGAAAGACAAAGCUCAUAGCGUUAGUAGAACCACCGCGUGAAAUUCACAGAUCUUCAAAGAAAAGUGGUGUACUUGGCGAAGUUGUGUGCUCACUUAAAUAUGCUCCAUUCUCCACAAGUGAUUCUAAAAACUUGGAGCGCAGAGAAAAUCUAAUGAGUAAAGCACUGAAAAAGGCUCUUGAUCCAGUUAUAUGUCGUAAUGAAUUCCCAAGUUUUGAACUUGAAAUAAAAGUUUUAGUAUUGGACGACGAUGGAUGUGUACUUAGCACAGCAAUAAACUGUUGCGGUAUUGCUCUUAUAGAUGGAGGGAUACCAACAUACGAUCUAAUAACGGCUUCUACUAUAAGUUUUUAUAAGGACAUCGAAUUUGUAAAUCCAACUGCUGCCUUGGAAAAACUGUUGAACAAUAAUUCUAUUGAAGAUGUUGAAGGAGAACAUGGUAUUUUAGUGGCUUCCUCUUUAGCGACGUUGAAUCAAAUUUCAAUGUGCUAUCAGAAAGGCUUCUUUUCCCCAGAAAAACUAAAACUUUUGAAUGAGCAUGCAAUAGAAAUCAACAAACAUUUAUUAGAAACAGUGCGAUAUACGCUUAUAAACAAAGUUAAGCAACAUGUAAAGGAUGCAGAAUAAGAUGUAAGUUUAUUGUUAAAUGGGAUCUAAAAAAAUGUAUUACUUGUAUUGAAAAUAUAAAAAACAUGUAAUUAUU